ACAGAUGUUCUGCUGACUGGCCUUUUUAAAAAACUUUUCUGUUAAGGUGUUGCAUUGGCAGCUUUUCAGUUUUAAGGAUUCCUGGAAAAUUACGACCAGUGCAUCCACAAUGUUUCUUCCUUUUAUAUCCCCAAGUGCAUCCUGUCAGACCCAGGGGACUUAUCCGUCUUCAGCCUCAUUACUUUCCCGAGCACUUUUUCCUCCAGAGUUAUUAUACUUGGACUUUUGAAAACCUGGCCGCCCGAACAAUGUUGUUCCAGCCGGUUCAGUCCGAGCAAUGUCCAUGACCUCCAUUGGGGCAAGGACAAUGUUACACUUCAGACAGCAGCAAGAUGGGAACAACUGAAAUAAAAACGCUGAACAAAAGAACGGAAGGAUGCCUCCGGGACGUUUCUCCCUCCAAAUAUACUGCCUGACCUGCAGGGUUUCACCACGCUCUGUUUAUAUUUUAGAUUUUCCAGAAACCAUAGUAUUUUGUUUUAUUUGAGACACCGACAGCCGGCCUUUCGUUGCCCAGCGGCCUGCAUUAACCGUUGAGGAUUUGAACGGAAUGCUCCUCACGCGUUGGGCGGACGAUUGGAGUGGGAACUAAAGUUCGGGGAUUGGGGAGCAGCCGGAGCUCAGACUAGCGGGAUCUCAGAACCGGGUCCGGGCGCUGGGUUUGAGCGGGAAAUUCAAGAGGAGAACGGUUGGCUGGAGGUGGACUGGCGUUCGUCGAGCAGCGAUCUCGUGUUGUUGCUGCGCGCUGUCGCUAUGGAGACGGGACCGGAAGAAAGCUGAUGCGGCUUGGCCUCCUACACGCCAGCAGAAUGGCCCGGCCUGGAGCUGGCGAGUGAGUGAGGGAGACAGACACAGAGAUCGCGGUUCAAAAUCUAAUUGCGCGACCUGAAAACUUUCCAAUAACUGACAGUUGUACUAUAUAAUGAAGUGGAAUGGCAUAUGAUGAUCAAUCAUCACAUGAGCUGUGUUUGAUAGAUAAGACCAUCACCAGCUUGCUAGAGGUACCUUUAAGCCUAACGAUUCGCACACUCAAUCUUCAUUGUAAUCAAAUCACCAGAAUUGAAGGUCUUGGCCAAUUGCGGCAGCUGCAACACCUUGAUCUCUCCUCCAAUCAGAUUACUCGUAUUGAAGGACUGGACUGUUUGGUGGCCUUGCGUACACUAAAUCUAACCUGUAAUUUUAUAACCAAAGUAGAAGGUCUUAAAGAACUUAUCAAUUUAACGAGAUUGAAUUUAUCGUACAAUCAUAUUGCUGACUUAAGUGGCUUCUUGCAUCUUCAUGGUGUUGGUCACAAGUUAAGUCAUGUGGAUCUUCACAGUAAUUGCAUUACUAACUUGAAUCAUCUGCUGCAGUGCAUGGUGGGAUUGAAUCUCUUAAAAGAUCUUACGCUGAUGAAAGAUGGAAGAGACAACCCAGUAUGUCAGACUCCAGGUUAUAGAGAGAUGAUGCUUCAAUCUCUAACUCAGUUGAUCGUACUAGAUGGACUAAAGCGGUCUGGUGAAUCUAUCCAUUCAAAUGAAGGAGUUCCCUCAGAUCUGCCUGGUUUGGAAGACUACUUGGAGUAUUUGGUAUCAUCGGAAUCUAGCUUAAGUAUGGAAAAGGUUUCAGGGGUACCACCCGUGAUCACACCAAGGAUUGAUCAGGUUCUUGCUCAAUAUCGCCUUCGUUCUACAGUAACUCAUCCUGCAGCACCAAUGUUUGUCACAGACUCCAGUUCAUCACUGGAAGUGGAGCAAUAUAGGAAUCACAACACUGUCAACAUAUUCAAUGAAAUAAGAAUAAAGAAACUGGAAAAACAGAUUUCUCAGCUAUUGCAGCAGCUUCCAACUUCUUCGAAUGCAGUAAAAGCAAAGCGAGAUAUUGAUUAUACCUCUGAGAGUGAAACUGAGAGCUGUAAAGAAAAUUGCAAAAAAGAAACCAGACGAACAAAGACUGAAACCUCCAAACAACGAAGUGCCAGACAGAUGAAAAACAAAAAAUCUGACAGGGACAAGCAGCCUUGCCUACGAAAAUUGAAAUCAUCUAACAAACAACUCAGAAGUGAAGACUUCUCCAGCAGUUCACCUGUGGAAUCUGCUGAGCUCCGAAUAGUGGGAUAUGUACCCAAAACUAUGUUAGCUGGGCAAAAACCUCAACACAAAUCACAAGACAGCAAGAAAACUAGUACAACUGAGGAGUCCACAUACAGGGUCCUUAUUCAAGAGUUGGACCAAGAAAGAGAGAUGAGAUGGAAGGCAGAGCAAACUGUGAAACAGUUGACAGACCACAUAAAAGAACUACAAAAUCAGGCAAAUGAGAAAAGGGAUUUUCAUGACAUGGCUGUACAUACAACAGACAGGCUAAAAGAGUUGCUCGUGAAAGAGAAAGAAGCCAGAAGCCAAUUACAAGCUUAUGUUGCAGAGUUAAAAAAGAAAAUAGGGAUGCUUACAGAGGAGUCAAGAAAGUCAAAGAUUACCGAAGAAGAUCAACGCAAGCUCCUGAAAUCACUUGAAGAAACAAUUUUGAAGUCGAACUCACAAAGACUGCAGCAGCAAGCUGUAGAGAUGAAACGAAUUCAAGAAGCAGAGCUAAAAGCCUCAGCAGCUCAAAGAGAAGGAGAGUUACUGCAGAUUUCACUCAAACAGCAGAAGGAAAAGGUUCAAGAGCUCCAGGAACUUCUCACUUCCAGAGAGCAAGUGCACAGGAAAGAAGUGGAAUCUAGAGUUACUUUGAGUGGACCAGAAUUUCAAGCUGCUUUGUCCAGAGAGGUUGCAAAAGAAGAAGAGAAACAUGCUCAGCAGUUAAAAGGGUAUCAAGAAAAAAUUGACCUACUAAGUCAGCAGUAUGCAUCUUUGGAGGAUGAAUUUCGCAUGGCUCUUACCAUUGAAGCAAACCGAUUUAAAGAGGUAAAAUGUGGGUUUGAUCAUGUGACAGCAGAAUUAGCGAAGACCGAGCAGGUCCUUGCUCAGACACAGCAGAAGGAAAAACAGGCAGGAACUUUGGUUCAGGAACUAACUGGCAUGGUGAAAGAGCAGAAAGCUAAGAUUGCAGAACUGGCAAAAGCCAAGCAGGAAACAGUCUCAGAACUGAAGAGCCGGUUCCGGGCACUAGAAUACGUAGCUGAGGAAGAGAAGAAGAAAACAGUUCAGAUUGAACUACUUAAGCAGGAGAAAUCUAAACUGAUAUCACAGCUAACUGCGCAGGAGUCUGUGAUUGAUGGCAUGCGAGCCGAGAAAAGGAUAUGGGGACAGGAGUUAGCACAGCAAGGCAGUUCUUUGGCUCAAGACAGAGGAAGGCUCCAGGCAAGGAUUGAAAUGUUAACAUCAGAGAUGGAGUCUCUAAAAAAACAAAAUGAACAGGACAUGAAUACUUUGAAAAUAAAAACAAAGAUCGUGGAUGAUCAAACAGAAACUAUUAGAAAACUUAAAGAAGGUUUACAAGAGAGAGAUGAACAGAUUAGGAAAAUACGUGAGGAAAAUCUGCAGGAUAAAAGAUCCUUCAAUGAGCAAUUGCAGGAUGAAGCUGCCGUAUCUCAAGAUCUCAGAGAAAAAGUGGAGAGACUUACAGAACGCAAAAGAGAACUAAAGCAGCAACUUGAAGAAAAGGACAUGGAGUUGGAGAAUACAAAAAUGGCCUUUAGUGCUGCUAGUGAGAAGUGGCAAAACAAAGCUGAAGUACUGACAAAGCUAGAAACACAAGUCAAACAGAUGAAAGAAACCUUUGAUGCCAAAGAAAGAAAACUUGUUGAGGAGAGAGACAAAGCCUUAAAAGCUAAGAAGGCUGCAGCAGAAAAAAUUCAUUCCAUGGAUAAUGCAUUCAGACAUCAGCUUGAGACCGUACAGGUAGCUCAACAGGCCCAACUUACACAAUUGAGCAAUGAAAAGCAAAAGGAAAUUGAAGCAGCAAAAGAAAAGGUCUAUGAAGUGGAGGAAGAAAUGCGACAGCUUCUCCAAGAAACAACAAAUGCCAAAAAAUCCAUGGAGGAAAAGAUCCGGAAGCUAACUAGUGCCCUCAAUGAUAUCAAAGAAGAAUUGUGACACUAAAAUAGACAGGCAAGCAAUGAUAAAAUCCAAGUUGCCAAAUUGAUAUUGUUUUGAAAGUUACUGUCAUCUCCAUUUGUAUGCCUGGAUAAUGAAUCUCCUUUGGCUUAUUACCCAAUUUGAUGUGAUGUAGAAUACAGAUUAGUAUGACCCUAAACUCAAUCCCUGAUUUGUGCUGUCUCUUGUAAGCCAAAUAAACAUUACAAUUAACUUUACAAUAUAUAGGCAGGUGGGUAAAUAUCUAGUACAAACCCCUUGGAGUAUUACAGUACUUCUCUGUUUGAACAAUAUAGCAGCAUGAGCAAUGGCUAGAGAUUAGGAAAGGAAUAAAAUUGACAGAAAUCAAUAGAAAAGUUUAGUUGUUUCUUUAAGUUAUGGUUCAUCAUGAUUCCAAGAUUCUUUUGUGUCAUGGAUAUACUUUAAUGUGAAAAUUUUAUGCUGCUUAGAGCUUCUUGCUGUCUUCAUUAAGCAUCAAUUUAAUUUGAUGUCAAAACAUGCAUCCAUAUUAAUUUUUUUCAAUUCACACCAUUAGAUUUUUACGUAAAAGAAAAAUUCAGUCAUGCUAACUCACUGGUUAACUGUGUCUAACAAUAUGAUACUGAACCAUAAAAAGGUGUAAGACGUUUGACUAUCACUGGAGACAAAAAUUGAUUUGAAUGUACAUCUACAUGAGCAUUCAUACCUCCUCUUGUAAAGUAUGAAAGGGAAGGAGGAAAAGUAAAUAGAAUAUAUGUGCCUGGCUGUGCUGUUCAUAUAUAGCAUAAAUGUUUGGGAGAAUAUAAAAAUAUAAAUCUGACAUUUUUAUAAGUUAC